ACUCGUUGUGAAUGCGAUCUAGGAAACACAAUGUCCUUUAUGAAACUAGGCCCAGCCUGUUAGAUAACCUUCUUCUCAUUUCCACUGAGGGUGAAUCAUAUGAGGCAUUUGAUGCAGAUAAGCUGUAUGACAGGUGGCUGCAUGGAGGCCAGAGACGCCAUCACGUCAAUGAUGAUUGUGACGGGUGACUCUUCUAGAAGCUGGGCACAUGGCUGAAAAAGUUAUUACAGAGCCCUGUAUGGUGAGAGAUAUUGUACUUUUAAUGCAUUGUUAAACUUAAGUUUUGAUCUUAACUAAGUUUGUCACUGAAGGUAUUUCAUCAGCAUCAUGUCACAUUUGGAUAUUUGUGCUUAGCAUAAGUCUGUAUAGGAUUAUCACUGGAUCUUCAAGAGGUACCACAAAUAACUAUUUUGCAAUAACAUUCCAAAACCAUUGCAUAGUAUUGCAGGCUAAUAUUUUAUUUAUUGUUAGCUUCUUUUGUUGAACUCUUUUCUCAACUUUUCACAGGAAGAAAGUACCAAGGAUUUAAUGGUGAAAGGAAAGCCAGCAAAACUGAGAAGUAUUUUGGUUCCAGAUACCACAGACACCAUACCUGUCAGUCUCUGGCGUGAUGACUCCAGUUCACCUGUAAAAGUUGGCAACUGUGUAGAAUUUAAAUACCGCAUCAGUUUUAAUUCAUUUGAAGAAAGACUGGUCUGUCACAUCAAUGGCAGCAGAGAUGUGGAGCAGCGGCCCACCUCGUCUCAGCGGCACACGGCACGAUCUACCGAUUCACGGCUCUGUAGCUACUCGUCUCAGCAGCCCACGGCAUGAUCUACCUACCCACGGCUCUGCAGCUACUCGUCUCAGCUGCCUAUGGCACGAUCUACCGAGCUACGGCUCUGCAGCUGCUCCUCUCAGCGGCCCACGGCACGAUCUACCGACCCACAGCUCUGCAGCUACUCGUCUCAGCGGCCCAUGGCACGAUCUACCGACCCACGGCUCUGCAGCUACUAGUCUUAGCGGCCCACGGCACGGCACGACAUCUACCGACCCACGGCACGGGACGACAUCUACCGACCCACGGCUCUGCAGCUACUCGUCUCAGUGGCCCACUGCACGAUCUACCGACCCAUGGCUCUGCAGCUACUCGUCUCAGCGGCCCAUGGCACGAUCUACCGACCCACGGCUCUGCAGCUACUAGUCUUAGCGGCCCAUGGGACGAUCUACCGACCCACGGCUCUGCAGCUACUCGUCUCAGCGGCCCACAGCACGAUCUAUCGACCAACGGCUCUACAGCUAUUCGUUUCAGUAGCAGCACGGUCUACCGUUUCACGGCUUAGCAGUACCUCGUCUACUUCAGUGACUUAACGAUAUCAAUUUUUCGGAGUUUUUUGUCUAUUUUAUUCAACAUUUUCUGUACAGUUUUUUUCGUCAUAUUAAAAUUAUUUAUUUAUUGAUUUCCACUCUUGUUGUUUUUUAAUCUUCAAAAUAUCCUCAACAGUCACGUUUAUCUCUUUUACUUUCCUUUGAGAAACUCUGGAAGAUAACUUUCACACACCUAAUGCAUGCCAGCACAUCUUUUACUUUUGACUUCAUUCAAGUACGUGUGAAUACAAUACUUCCACAGUCCCUCAGCUUUGCACCCAAAUAAACCUUAUCAUAUCUCUAUAAUCUUGAACAAGUUAUUUCUAUAACAACAUUUCAAUAUCACCAUAUAUGCAUCCAUUCAUAAAUUUUACGUCAAACUAAAACGUGAAAAUAUGUCAAUACCCACUUCUAAUUGCUAAGAAAUGAUGUUGAAAAAAUCUGUGCUGGAGUUUCAUGAAAAGGGGCAGGACAUAGUAAGCUUGUUGCCUUUUUAAGUAGUAUGCUGACAGUACAUAAAGACAAAUAACCAAUAUUUGUGCUCUCUUGGCCAUUGUGAUGGUCCUUCCAGUCAGCAGUGCCGAUGCAGAAAGGGGCUUUUCUCUAAUGAAUAAAAACGGAUUGGAGAGCCUCACUUACACCACCUUCUUUAACAAAUCACAUGACAAUUAAGUAAAAUAAAAUUGGACUAGUUUGUGCCAGAUUCUGCCUGUGGAAAAUGGUUUGCAGAUGAUAGGAGAACCCUGGAUCCACAGAAAUAUGCCAGAAAGGCAUAGAGCUGUGCUAACAUUGCAGCAGAUGGCGCAAAAGGCUUAAGGGCUUUCAGAGAACAGUGUGAUUUUUGGCAGAUCAAAGGGUUCAUUUCUGCUAAUCAAUGUCAAAGGUUGAAGAAUGAUUUAUCAACAAGUCUGCAUUAUCUGAAGACACAGAAUAAAAAGUGAGCCUGAAGA